UCCGAGAAAAGAUGUUUUGUCUUUUAGAGUUUUCUGUGCAACUCGGAAAAGAAAGUAAUAUAGUGUGAAAUAGAUUCCAGAAGAGAAUCUUGGCAAGAAUCGGAGAGAGAGGCUUUUGUCGUGACUAAGAAUACAAAGCGUCCGUCCUCCUCUAACACUCUUUUCUUUGUUAUUUGACAGUUAAGAGAAUAGAUGUAUUGGGUCCUAUAUUAAGUGCACGAAUUAGGAAAUACAAUUUCUGCAUAUUCUAAUUUGGUGUAUAUAUGUAUAUAUAUAUAUUUGCAUUAAUAUCCAGCUGCCAGUAAGCAAAGAAACAAAUGAUAUGAUCUUCUUCAACAACAACGUAGCUUAUAUAUAAAGGUUUCUGAUUCUUUGUGGUUCAAUGGCUUCUUCACUACCGUGUCCACCUUUUAAAUUCUCAGCCAAGUAUUAUAAAUUGUCUGGAGAUGGAAGUGAGUGCUCGAGACAGUCCAGUUUCUUUCAAGGCAAGCCUGUGCUCAAUCAAGCUGUUGGUUACUCUGUCAUUCUUGGUUUUGGUGUCUUUUUUGCUGUCUUCACCUCCUUCUUGGUCUGGUUGGAGAAACGAUAUGUUGGCUCUAGGCAUACUUCAGAAUGGUUCAACACUGCAGGCAGGAAUGUCAAAACUGGACUUAUUGCUAGUGCAAUUGUAUCCCAGUGGACUUGGGCUGCUACAAUUUUGCAAAGCUCCAAUGUUGCCUGGGAGUAUGGAGUCAGUGGACCUUUUUGGUAUGCUAGUGGAGCUACUAUCCAGGUACUUUUGUUUGGUAUAAUGGCUAUAGAAAUCAAAAGGAAAGCUCCUCAUGCUCAUACCAUAUGUGAAAUUGUUAGAGCUCGUUGGGGGAUUGCUGCACAUGUUGUCUUCCUUGCUUUCUGCUUGCUGACAAAUAUUAUUGUAACUGCUAUGCUUCUUCUUGGUGGUUCUGCUGUAGUAAAUGCGCUCACAGGCGUGAACAUUUACUCUGCUAGCUUUCUGAUUCCUCUUGGAGUAAUUGUGUAUACUCUAGCUGGGGGCCUAAAAGCAACUUUCUUGGCCAGUUAUAUACAUUCUGUUAUAGUACAUGUGGUUCUAGUCAUUUUUGUAUACCUAGUCUAUACAGCAAGCAGUGAACUGGGAAGUCCAAGUGUGAUAUACAACCGUUUAUUGGAGGUGGCAAGUAAAUCAAGAGCAUGUCAGGAACCAAUUUCACAUGAUGGGCAAUCCUGUGGACCUGUUAGUGGAAACCACAAGGGAUCUUACCUAACAAUGUUGAGUUCAGGAGGUCUGGUUUUUGGGAUUAUUAAUAUAGUUGGCAACUUUGGUACAGUUUUUGUCGACAAUGGAUAUUGGGUGAGUGCCAUAGCUGCUAGACCUUCAUCAACACAUAAGGGCUACUUGUUGGGUGGGCUAGUAUGGUUUGCUGUACCAUUCUCUUUGGCAACAUCUUUAGGUCUUGGGGCACUCGCCCUUGAUCUGCCGAUAACUAAAAGUGAAGCAAGCCAUGGACUUGUUCCUCCUGCUACUGCUAUAGCUUUGAUGGGGAAGGCAGGAUCUGUACUUCUUCUCACUAUGCUUUUUAUGGCUGUGACAUCUGCUGGGUCCUCUGAGCUAAUUGCUGUUUCAUCAUUAUGCACUUAUGACAUCUACCGUACUUACAUAAACCCAAAUGCCAGUGGGACAAAAAUCCUCAAAGUGUCAAGGGCUGUAGUCUUAGGUUUUGGAUGCUUCAUGGGAUUGUUAGCAAUUAUACUAAACAAAGCCGAAGUGUCAUUAGGUUGGAUGUAUCUUGCCAUGGGAGUGCUUGUUGGUUCUGCUGUUAUGCCUAUAGCCUUUAUGCUUUUAUGGAGCAAAGCAAAUGCAAAAGGUGCCAUUCUUGGAACAACCGUAGGCUGUGUGCUUGGGAUAACAACUUGGUUAUUAAUCACAGUUAUUGAGUAUGACCAUGUAAAUCUCGAAACAACUGGCCGUAAUGGACCGAUGCUUGCUGGAAACCUUGUGUCCAUACUUGGAGGGGGAGCUAUUCAUGCUGUCUGUAGUAUCUUGUGGCCCCAGAACUAUGACUGGGGUACCACAAAGCAGAUCACAGUAGUUGAAAAGGAAAAGGAUGAGUUGCCAGCUGAAGAGUUCAAGGAGGAGAAACUUGCAAAAGCAAAAGCUUGGAUUAUCAGAUGGGGUGUUGGUUUCACUCUUGUAAUUGCCAUAUUUUGGCCUCUUCUUACUCUCCCAGCAGGGGAAUUCAGUAAAGGUUACUUUACAUUCUGGACUGUCAUUGCUAUAGCUUGGGGCACCGUCGGAUCUGUAGUAAUAAUUGCAUUGCCACUGCUUGAAAGCUGGGAAACAAUCCAAAGCAUACUUCGGGGCAUGUUUACAAAUGACAGGCUUAUGGAAAAGGUUGAGGAGAUGAAUAGCAAGCUACAUACAAUCAUUAUGGCGAUGCCUGAAGCUCAAAAACUUUAUUUGCUUGAGAAAGAGAGAGACAAGAAAGAAGAUGCAUUGGAACACUUGGCUUAAAACGUUCCUGCAUACCUAAUACUUCAGCUCCAUACCAAUUCAUGGACAAAAGCUUAACAUGUUUCUUACGUACAUUAGAUUUCUUCUUAUGUAACAAGAUCAGUUGCAACUCGUGA